AUGAGUGGAAUUGAAAUUAAGACUGAAACUAAUGAAAAUAAUGUGGUUACAAAAGUUACUAUUGAGAAGCCACAAACAGUUACCUCUUCUUCAAAACAGGCAGUCGCUUCUCAAGUCAAGAAGAGAUUAUUAAUAGAUUUUUCGGCAUCGUACACUGAACGUAAUUUUAUAACUCCAAUGCGUGCAAUGACUGAGUAUUUACUGAAACAGUCUGACUUGGAAUCAUUGCCAAAAGUACUUAGAAGAUCGCCAUAUGAGUCAGAACCGCCAAUAACUGUAUAUUACCGCAAAGAUGUUGAAGCAAAAGCUGUUGAGGUGUGGGGAUCAAGAGAAGCAUUGGAAAAAGAGUUAUUAAGAAGAGAAUUGGAUAGAAGAAGAUAUGAACAAGAUGUUUUCACUGUGAAACGGAGACUAAGAAAUUACAGAAGAGAAAUGAGUCAUAAACGUUUGAAACAUGGUGUGGAAGAAUUAGGGUUAAAAACAAGAUCAGGAAGAGUAGUACUUACAGCAAUUGGAAUAAAUGGAUGUAAUUUUCUGUUCAAACUUUGCGCCUGGUUUUAUACAGGAUCACAUAGUUUAUUCUCUGAAUGCAUUCACUCCCUAGCGGAUACAGUAAAUCAAGUUAUUCUUGCUUAUGGAAUACACAAAUCUGUUCAGAUUGCAGAUCCAGACCAUCCAUAUGGUUAUACAAAUAUGAGGUAUGUGUCUUCUCUAAUAUCAGGAGUGGGCAUCUUCUGUGUUGGAAGCGGAUUAUCCUUUUAUCACGGCGUAGUGGGCAUAUUGGAUCCUCAACCACUUCAUGAUUUAUUUUGGGCUUAUUUUGUUCUUGGUGGAGCAGUUGUAUCAGAAGGUGCUACUUUAAUGGUGGCUUUAAGUGCAAUUAGAAAGGGUGCAAAGGAAGCUAACAUGCCCUUAACGGAAUACGUGAUGCGCAGCUCUGAUCCUUCAGUAAACGUAGUGUUACUAGAAGAUACUGCCGCUGUAGCCGGAGUUGUGGUGGCAGCUAGUUGCAUGGCCAUUUCCCAAUAUACUGGCAAUCCAUUGCCAGAUGCUAUUGGAAGCAUAUUGGUGGGAACUAUCCUGGGUUGUGUUGCUUCGUUUAUUAUAUUAAGCAAUGUAGGUGCGCUUAUUGGAAG